UUAUUUAUAAUUUAUUUGUGUGCAAGUAGUAUUAUAAUUUAACUGUUUUAAUCAAUUAUUAUUAUUAUUUUGUGUAACUGUACAACCAGGUACUUCGUUGCUAAGUGAAAAUCAUUUUGACAAUACCACUGCUACCAUUCAAGAUAUAACACCAUCUACAAUGCAGUUGAUUGGUGAUAAUUUUGAAAAUGACACUGCUGCGAGUCAAAAUAUAAGUAUAUCUACACUGCAGCUGAUUGGCGAUAAUUUUGAAAAUGACAUUGCUGCGAGUCAAAAUAUAAGUACAUCUACACUGCAGCUGAUCGGCGAUAAUUUUGAUAAUGACACUGCUGCGAGUCAAAAUGUAUUAAUACCUACUACACCCCACUUAACCACUUGUAGUGAAUUUUGUAAUGCUACAAAUAUAUACCUAAAUAGAUUAGACAAAAAGUUGGAUCUUAUUUUAGAACGUUUGAACUAUAGUUCAAACAGUGCACGUAUUCCAAUAGACUCUGAUUUUUUGAAUAAUUUUCCAAUGAAAGAUAUUAAUAGUUUAAAAGAAAUAGAAGAAAACAUUAAGAGUGAAGAUUAUAAAACUAAAAUGAAAAAUUUGAUAUCUUCAAUUGGCGGUACAAGUAUUAAAAAUUUUAUAAAGAGAGUACUUGGUCGAUUAUUCAGUAACCAGUUAGCAUCGGAAUGUUCUUGGUCUGGAUUUAAAAAUAAUUUCAGACUUGAUAAUCUGGCACUUAUAAUGCUUGUUAAAGAAAUAGCUUAUGAACAUUUUAAAAUGGAUGAUAGCAGUUUUGAAAAUAUCAUCAAAGAUUGGUUUAGACACGGGAGUCAACGUUUAGCCCGUGAAGACAAAAGAUUAUAAAAUACCAUAGUAUUAUCCUUUUUAAAAAAGCAAAACCAUUACAUUUGAUGUCAAGAAGACAUUUCAAUCGUUACACUACCACUACCAGUAUUAAUAAAGAAAAAGUUGUUGAUAAUCAGUCUACAAUAUUUGCAUCUGAAUGUUUAGUACCUACAAAAG